AUGGACGACCAUGAGAUCCAGUCGACGGUGGAAUCGAUUCUCGGACCCGGGGUAAAGGUCGUCGACUGUGAGAAAAAGUCCACUGUGCAGGAAGAAGAAGUACUGCUGAUAAACGGCGUACCAAUAGCACUCGAGGGUCCCGAUGGCAUAGCAAUACGCGAGGCGAUGCUAACCGGUCAGAUACCGCCUUGUGAUCUGCUCAAUCAGAUCCUUGUUAGGGCUGGAAUUUUGAGGGCUCCGGUAAGAUUGGAGACGUCGUUGAGUGUAAAGUCAAGCGUGGUGACAAAGGAGGAGGUGACAGUAGCACGAGCGGGCAAGGUUGUGGACGAGCGGAGUCGUGAGACCAAGGAUAACAACUACUACACAUCCUCGACAAGUGAAAUCUGGGAGCCAGUCGGAAUAAUUCACCGCCCGAGCAAGAAUAUUAAGCCAUUCGACAGCUCCGAUGAUUCCAGACCAAACUCCAACGCGAGCUCAGACCAGGGCUACACCACCAACAACAGCAGCACCAACGUCCUCAGAGAGCGCGGAGGUGCUGCCGUCGGGUGUCCGAUCUGCGAGGACAAUGAUCCUGAUUGUGCGCGCCGCUGCCUCGGCGGACUCGCUGGACUCGGAUCCAAGGUACCUGGAGUGCAAACUACCACUUCUGCGGGAAAUUACGGAAACUUAUUACGGCUAACCGAUAGAGAGCUUGAUACUUAA